GGGGCUGGGCGCGUCAGUCCGCCUACACGGGCUUUGUGUUGAUGUUCAGGCGGCGCAACAGAGCUGACAGUCCGCGGGCAGUGCAGCACCAGAAAACAGCAUUCCCGACACCCAUCCACCAUAAACAGAGGAAGAGAGGGAGAGGAGAGGACAGACGGUGUUUUGGGCGAUCUGAUUGUAAAGGGAGUGGAUCUGGACUGAAUCAUGGCCACUUCUACGUCUUGCACAGGCUCCACUUUGCUGCAGCCAAUUAGUAAAAUUAUCGAUCUGCCGCUGGACCAGGUGAACUUCGUAGUGUGCCAGCUCUUUGCCCUGGUCACAGCCUUCUGGUUCAGACUUUACCUGCAUCCCAGUAAGACCAGUCCCUUCAUCCGACAUGUGGUCGCUACCCUGCUGGGCUUCUAUUUGGCCCUCUUCUGUUUCGGCUGGUAUGCCUUACACUUUCUGGUACAGAGUGGUCUGGCUUACGGCGUUAUGAUCUUCACAAGUGUGGAGCACAUGCACAAAUACUGCUUUGUAGUUACGAUGGGAUAUCUCAGUUUCUGUCAUGUCACCAGAGUCUAUGUGUUUGACUACGGCAUGUAUUCAGCAGACUUCACAGGGCCCAUGAUGGUCAUCACACAGAAGAUCACAAGUUUGGCAUUUGAGAUCCAUGAUGGUUUGGUGAAAAGGGAGGAGCAUCUAAAGCCCAGCCAGAAAUAUCUUGCAGUCAGGAGGAUGCCCAGUCUGCUCGAGUAUCUGAGUUAUAAUUGUAACUUUAUGGGAAUCCUGGCUGGCCCGACCUGCUCCUAUAAUGAUUACAUAGACUUUAUUGAAGGCCGAGGCUACGAAUCCAAGCACCUGGAGACAAAUGGCAAAGAGAAUGGCAAAUUCAAGCAGAUCGAACCUUCACCCAAGAGGGACGUGAUUCAGAAAGUGUGCACGUGUGCUCUGUGUCUGACGAUUUAUUUGGUGAUCCACACUGCCUGCCCCACGGAGCGCGUCACCCAUGACUCCUUCAUGGCCUCCAACCCUUUCUACAUCCAGGUCUUGUUCCUCUACAUCUCCAUGCUGUCACUGAGGCCCAAGUACUACUUUGUGUGGACGUUAGCUGAUGCCAUCAACAAUGCAGCUGGUUUUGGGUUCAAUGGCUAUAACACAGACGGCACCCCAAAAUGGGACAGAAUAUCCAAUUUAAGAAUACUUAACAUCGAGUUUGCCACCAGCUUCAAGAUGUUCUUGGACAACUGGAACAUACAAACAGCCCUCUGGCUGAAAAGGGUGUGUUAUGAGCGCUGCCCGUACAAUCCCACAGCCGCCACAUUUCUGCUGUCUGCCAUGUGGCACGGAGUUUACCCUGGGUAUUACCUGACCUUCGUCACAGGCAUCGCUGUAACAAUGGCCGCGCGGGCAGUAAGACACAACGUGAGGCAACACUUCCUGGGCUCAUCCACACUCAAGCUCGUUUAUGAUGUGAUCACGUGGUUCAGCACACAGAUCGCCAUUUGUUACACAGUUGUGCCAUUUGUACUGCUGGCAGUGGGGCCUUCAAUAAAGUUUUAUAGAUCGUGGUACUGCUGCAUUCACCUGAUCUGUGUGCUGCUGGCACUGGUUUUACCCGUCAAGUCCAGACGCAGACGACAACAGGAAGAUUCGGGCGUCAUUCAGGCCAACGAACACAACUGUCUCUCCUCACCCGACAGCAACUGCAACCGGAAGCAGAAAAGCUCAUGAGGGCAGGAGAAAGCAGCUGGAGCCGCACACAGACACCUGAGGAACUCUGAUAUAUCAAAACGGACAGAUGCAGAGCGGCCAAAAUCCUCCUUCACAUCCAACCACACUGACAGUGACACCAACUCCAGCAACAAUACAGAGGAAAAAAAACAGACUGUAAACCCCAUAAUCACACAGGUGGGGCAAGUUCACGCUUUGGUUUUAAACAGGGAAUGGGAUGAGUAUUGAAAAUGGUGAAUAAUUAACGUAAUUGUCUGUUAAUCUGAAGUUGCCUUAAAGUCUCUGCGUAUAUUUAGGACCUGAAGCCUCAUACGGGGAAUCCUAAGCGGUCAUUGUUGGCUUAUAGCUUCACUACAUUAGUGCAGAAAGUCUAGCACUGGCAUCAGUUUCAAUGGUACCUAAAGGGUUUCUUGCCAGUGUCAGUUAAACACAGUAACCUCUGAUUUCAGUUCUUCUCAAUGCAAACGUGUGCGGUAGUGGAAAAGACAGUCCGGUUGUGUGUUGCCAAACUCAUAGGCCUUAGGUUGCAAACUCUAACCUUUGUUUAGUUUUCUUUGUUUUAUUGGGAGCGAGGGUCAAACAUAAGGGAUGUUUCAUUCUAUGUUUUUAUUUUUUUGUUUGCUUUUUUUCUCAGCGAUUUUUAAGGGCUUUUAGUUGUGUUUUAAUGGGUUGUAGGUUUCCUCAGGGCACACAGGUCUCAUGACAAACGACCAGAUGUUUCUGUUCAUCUAGGGAAAACAGAAGACAGUUCGCUAUUGCGCAGUGUAACAGCUUGAUUGGGUUUUGUGUUACAGACAUUUAUGGAAAGUGCAAUAACUGUAUUUUUUCCAUUGGUGCAAAUGGUGCACACGUUUAUGUUACAUCAACAAUAGGCAGAAUUGAAUAACACUUCAGUAUUUCAGUGCCCUACCACACGACAGUUUGGACAAACCACUCAA